AUGGAGAACAAGAGUCCUGGGGAGCACAGCAGCCCAGAUUAUUGUCUGUGGGAGUACAUAAUCGGCACCUCCAAGGACAUGUGUGGUAGCAACACAUUGCAGGGUGCUUCACAUAAGCAUGAGCUAAACGUACAAGCAAAGGAUGAAGUUGCAGCAGCUGGAUCAGGGGAUUUGGACUGUGUGGAAGACAAGUGGAGUGACUACAACCGGCAACGACGGGCUCCGUGUCAACACAUACCAUUUAAAACUGACGCUGAGCUAGAAUCAACGGAUUCUGCCACAUACAUUGGCUUGAAGAGAAAUACAGAUGCAACACACCAAAUUCCAACAGUGAAUCAACCUGCAGAAGCAAAUGCUGAACACAAAAGCACAAGUGCUUCACCCACUGUAGCUUUCCUUCAGUAUUUCAUUACAAUAUCAAAGAGGGGCAAUGACAGCCAGAUUGACCUGGAGCGCUUGAACACAUUGCUGGAAAAUGGAGCAGAUAUUAAUUCCACUGACAGAUAUGGACAGGGUGUUUUACACGGGGCAGCCCGAACAUGGCACCCUGAUGUGGCCAGGUUUUUGAUCGAGAAGAAUGCCAAUGUUAACAUGCCUGAUAACUAUGGUGUUACCCCACUGCAUGUGGCUGCAGCUAUUGAUUAUUCGGAAAUGGUCGACUUUUUUCUGGACUGUGAUGUGGACAUUGAAGCAAAGACAACUGGAAUGAUUCAGACACCAGUCCACUACGCUGCAAAGUAUGAUGCUGCAAGUUCCUUGAACUGUCUGUUGAAACAUGGCGCUGACAUAAAUGCUAGAGACUAUAAACAACGAACACCUUUACAACUGGCAACAGACCUUGAUCGAACCGAGUCAGCUAGACUAUUACUGCAGUUUGAAGCAGAUGCAGGAACUUAUGAUAAUACAGGUCAAUUAUGUUUAACAUUGAUGGCCGCAAACAUGCCUCAACUUGCAUAUACAGCUUUGGAUCAGUUUCUUAUCAAGGACAGACCUAAUCGAAAGCAGUACUUAAUGUUAAACAUGCUGGUACCACGUCCUUCAGGACUGGUGGAGAGUUUUAAUUGCUACUGUAGCCAUUGCGCUCACUGUGUACCAGAUUGCAGAGGAGUUCAUCGAAAUCCACUCUUCAAAUACAAAGUUUUCUCGCUGGAAGGAGUGGAGAGCCCAGGAAAUAAUGAAAGAUCUAAACUUAUGCCACCCACGGUGGCCAGAGAACAACAUCUUGCUCUCAACGUUAGUACGACCAACAACCUGAUUGUUGACUUCAGGACGGGACAGCUGAGGAUCCAUGAAUUUUGUCUUCAUCGAUUGAACGGCGGUGGAGUCAACAAGUUCAUGUUCCUAGACAUGAAUUUGUUUGAUUGGUUGGUCUAUCUGUUGCUCUUUGCUUUGAUUGGAACUUAUGCAGCUGAUCUGUCAAUGUCUAGUGAUACUAUUCACACAACCCAUAUUCGACUUUGUGCAGUAACAACAAUAUUCCUUUGGUUACGAGUCAUGAAACAUGUACGAGCAAUCAGAGCCCUAGGACCUUUUAUAGUGAUGCUCGGAAAAAUCAUUGUGGAUCUCCUCAAGUUCCUUUUUCUUUAUGGAGAGUUUUACAUUCCUUUCGCAUGUGCAUUUUGGAUAAUCUUUGGAGGCCUUGUACCAAAUAUGGCAACUAUACCCCAGAUGCUUUUCACUGUAUUUCGGAUAACUCUGGUUGAUGAUUAUGGAUUUGAUGAGAUGUAUCUCAUCGAUCCAGUAAUGGCAUAUUUGCUCUGUGGAACAUUUCUCGGGGUGUCGAGCAUUCUGUGUAUCAAUCUUCUCAUCGCAUUGCUUUCAGACACGUUCCAAAGAGUGUAUGACAACGCAAAUGCUAAUGCAGCCAUGCAACAGGCUAGUAUUGUAUUGUAUGUUGAAGACCAUCUCAGUAAGGAGAAAACAAAUGCAUUUCAAGAGUUUAUACAGACAUCGUGUGCACCAUUAGAGAUAUUCUUCGAUGAUGAUAUUACAAUUGAUCAAGAAGAUGAUCUGAAAAAAGUCACCAUUCAGAUAAAGGAAGAUAUUGAUAAUCUUGCAAGUUUGUUACAAAAGGAAGAAUGGGAAAUGCCUGAACAGAGUCCUGGACCCAGACGAGGCAAAAUAUUUUUUGGCAGAGGCCAUAGCGAAAAUCUUGAUGAAGAAAGCAUUUCAAGUAUGGAACUACAUGAUGAGAUUGAAAGGCUACAGUCGAAGGUUUCAGAUAUUUAUCAGCAGCAGGAAAGUACAACUUUGACACUGACCAAUGAGAUGCGGAGAACACAAGAUUUGAUCAAUGAAAUCCUCAAGCAUAUUGGAUCUGGUGGCAGUGUGUCUCAAUCACCUCCUGAAUCAACUUAAGAUGUUCAGGAAAGCAGUCAUGGAUGAGAUUCUUCAACUAGUAAGUGAUUAAUUACUCAAGAUGACAUGAAGUGAGCACUGUGGCUUUCUAUUCAAAGUGGAAACCGAGUGAGAAUGGUGAUCAAAAGUUGACUGCAGAAGAAAUGCCAACAUCAAUUCAUGCUAUACUCAUAUUUCACAGCAGGCAUUCGAGUUAAAGAAUGGCUGAAAAUGUGGAUAUUGUUGACAAAAAUUGAAGAUAAAAAAUAUACUAACUACACAAUCAUGACUUAAUAUAGGUGUACCACUGAUUUUCCAGCAGCUGAUGGUCCAGCACUUCCUUUAAUCUGGACACAAUUACAAGAGAGCACUUGUAUUUAUAUGAAAAGUAACUACUGGGUUUACUGAGAUGAGCAUCGCGAAGGACUAGGUUCCUGAUUGCUAAAGUUGCCCAAUGCGUUUACAGUGCUUUGCCAAUACAAAAUGAGUUUAUUGAAAAGAUUCCGAUAAGGGUUUUACAGGAAGAUAUCACAGGGCAGCACAUUGAUGUAGCGUUAGAGUUGCUGCCUCACAGGGUCAGUGACCGGGUUCUGGCCUGACUGCAUCUUGUCUGCACGGAGUAUGUAUGUUCACCCUGUGACUGCGUGGGUUUUCUCUUGAGUUCUCCGGUUUCCUCCCACACUCCAAAGACGUACAGGUUUGUAGGUUUGCCGGCUUUGGUAAAAAUUGAAAUUUGUCUGUAGUGUGUAGAAUAGUGUUACUGUGCGGGGUGAUCACUGAUCGGACUCGGUGGCCCUGUUGCCACGCUGUAUGUCCAAAGUCUAAAGCAAAUUGUCUGUUAUGAUGACUGCAGGCAAGACAUUUUAAUUAUCAAAGUAAUCCAAAUCACCACAUAUACACUUUGUGGGUAAUAAAAUUAGAAAUAAAAACAAUAUUUCCAAAUAGGCAUCACAGCAAUUCUCAGUACCUCAAAAAUGCAUUAACCACUCUCUUCGCUUCAUCUCCAAGACUCACCAAGUGGCAGCAGUUUGAGUUCUCCACGUGCAUCCUGCUUGUCUCUCAAUCUCUACGUUGAUCCUUUUUGCUUAUUUUACCUCAUACGCUACUAAACAUAUGCAGAGAGCUUUUAAAAUGGUGGUUGCAGGAAAAACAAUUAAACAAUUCAAUAAGACACAAACUAGAAAGGUUGAGGUUAAUUCCUUUCUGGAGCUGGAGAUUUCCAAUCUCCCUCUCUCUCUCUCUCUCUCCCUCUCUCUCUCUCUCUCU